GGUGUUGUCACUGAAAAGACUACAGCAUUUCCUCAUAGUAUCCAUCCUCCUCUCUCUUCUCUUCUCUUCUGAUUGGGUAUUAUACCGCGGACUAAACAAUGGCCUCGCUGUACGACGAAGACUGGGUGCUGGGGCACGACAAGAUUAGGUUCUACACAAGGACCUACGAGCCUCCCCAAGGUGUCUCCGAAGCAAAAGCCGCAAUCCUUUUCUUGCAUGGGUACGUCGAGCAUAUCGCCCGCUACGAGCACGUCUUCCCCGUUUGGGCAGAGCAGGGCCUAGCGGUGUACACAUAUGAUCAACGCGGGUUUGGUCGAACGGGCGAGGGGGACGGCACGAACAAAGGUACAGGUCAGACGCGGACGUCCACAGAAGACCAGAUGGAGGAUCUCGAGUGGUUUAUCCGGCGCACGGCUGAGUGGGUCCCUGGCAAGAAACUCUUCCUCGUCGGGCACUCCAUGGGAGGUUUCAAUGUGCUCAACUUCCUCUGCUCCCCCCAGUCACGCUCAGCCACCCUACCGAAGAUCUCGGGUGUAGUCGGUCUCUCCCCGCUGCUAGAGCUCACCCACCCCCCGUCUAAACUCCUCCGUACGAUUUUAACUCCCCUCUCUUUCCUCCUCCCCAACAUCACCGUGUCCGUCGCCGUCCGCUCCGAGUGGAUCAGCCGCGAUCCCAACGUGGUCAAGUCCUACAACGAGGAUCCGCUCGUCCAUAAGCGGGGAACGAUCCGUUCCCUCCGCAGUAUGCUAGACGCCGUCGACGCCCUCCGUUUGCGAGAAUUCCACUCUUUCCCAGUCAAUAUUCCCGUCCUUCUCCUCCACGGCACAGCAGACGAGGUGAACUCCCAGCCCGCCACGCUCGCCUGGCUCACCAAGCUCCGCGCGAAGAACAAGACGUUUACGCCAUACGAAGGCGGGUUCCACGAGCUCAUGCAGGAACCACAUCCCAUUAAGGAGACAGUCAUGCAGGAAGUGGCCACCUGGGUCCUGCACGUGUCCGCGCAGGCGAGGCCGGCCAGCAUGGCCGACAGUGCAAAGGCCAGACUUUGACCUUUAGUCUAAACCGAUAUGUGCGAAGCGCGCCGGCACGCAGGCGCUGUUUCAUAUUUCUGUUCCGGGUUUAACUUGCUCUUGCUCAUUCGAUACUCCUGACAAUAUUCCCACUAUGACUCUCCAAGCGUUUCCCUCUCUUUGUUUCGGGUGUAUAGGGCCGGCCUGGAUGGCCAGGACGGAUCAUUUAUGUCAUAUCGCCGGUAGACGGUGUUCUACUUCCUCGACUAUGUGCACUCGCUUCACCGGAAAAUAUUAUAUGCAUGGUCAGAUCU